UUUGGCCCUUUGUUUUUAUAUCUUUUUAUUUGCUUUUUUUUGUUUGGCCUUCAAAUUUUUUAUCAAAUCCUACAAAAUUAUUUUUUGCUCCAACACAAAAUAACUCUUAUUCCACACACCCUUCUUUCACAUUUGACUGUUCGUCCCACGGGUAGAAACAUACUAAGGAUGCAAAACAGAACUUAUGUCAUUUCCGGGUGGAGUUUCGUUUCUGUUUGUCCAAGGAGCCUUGUGUUUGGCGGCUUUUCUAACUGUGAAAUUUGGUGGAAAGAAGGUUUUCUAGCUGGAAUUGAAAGCUAAGGUAUAAAACUCUUCGUAGCAGAUGCAAUGCAAAAUUAUUUUCUAAAUUUGCUGUAUUCUUAAUCUGCAACCAGAGGCUACCGGACAUGAAAUAAGUCCUGUCAGAUGGACAUCGAAAAGGACAGACAUUCUGCAUUUAAUGUUGAAGCUUCUCUUCAGUAUUUUUAUGAACAGAAGAUGCAUUUUGAUGUGGAAUUUAGAACACCUUGUGGGACAAGCUUAUAUGCACAUAAAGUGGUACUUGCCAUCAAAAGUGCUACAUUGGCAGAAAUAAUUUACUGUAAUGAAAACAAUAUCAUUUUUACCGAACCUGAUAACAGUGAUUUUGGAAUAAAACAAAUGAUAAGAUACAGCUAUUACGAUGAAGUGAUUUACCAUUCUGUCUCCGAUGUGUUGGAAAUUUUUAAAGUAGCCAAAACAUUUGACAUAGAACCCAUGGCCAACCAAUGUAUUAAGUAUCUCAAUCAACUAACACUUACUAGUGAAAACGUUUUGGAAAUCCUUGAAGCUGCCAUCACCCUACAUCAAACUGAAUGUGUGGAGAAGUGUACAGACUUUUUACGAGAAAACACUGAUGCUGUUAUUCAGUCAACCUAUUUUCCUAAGGCAAAGCGAGACACUAUAUUAACCAUUCUUCAACUUCAGACUGUUACACUAAGCUCUGAAAUAUUGCUUCUGCAUGCAGUUGCUUCAUGGUUACUUCAGCAAAGCAAUGAAGAACGAGAUAUUUUCUUAUCCAACAUCAACAUCAUGGAUUUUGAUGUGGAUGAAUUUAUAGAUUUUAUUUCACAUUACCCUGAAUUUUUUACUGAUUCUGAAGUUGGGACUAUCCUUGCUAACUUAAAGAGAAAAGGAAUUCGAGAUCUUCCUGCAUUCUGCAAAGCACAGAAUAAAAAAAGAACUUUAAAAAUUCCAGAUAAUAGAGAAACUAAUUCUGAAAAUGUGAUUGAAGAAAGUAAAGUUGAAAUUACUCUCAUUGAUAAUUUCAAAAAUGAAAAUGAUCAAAGUUCUUCAGAAACAAGAAUCGAGGAAGAUGAUAUCUGUAAAGAUAUUUGCCUAUUAUUGGAAAAGCAUUUGCUUGUUGAUGUGCAAAUAAAUUUAAAACUUGGAAACAAACAAAGAGUAUUUUAUGCUCACAAACUUGUAUUAGCUAUGAGAAGUUCACUGCUGGCAGAUGCUUUAUUUGAAAAAUAUGGACACAUCACUUUGCAUGGCAUUAGUGAUUUAGCUCUUGAGCAGAUGAUCAGGUACAGCUAUUAUGAUGAUGUGACUUAUCAUUCUGUUUCUGAUGUGCUGGAAAUUUUUAAAGUAGCCAAAAUAUUUGACGUAGAACCCAUGGCCAACCAAUGUAUUAAGUAUCUCAACCAACUAACACUUAAUAAUGAAAAUGUUUUGGAAAUCCUUGAAGUUGCCACCACCUUACAUCAAACGGAAUGUGUGGAGAAGUGUAUAGACUUCUUACAAGAAAACACUGAUGCUAUUAUUCAGUCAGCUUACUUCCCUAAAGCAAGACGUGACACUAUAUUGACAAUUCUUCAACUUCAGACUGUUACACUAAGCUCUGAAAUAAUGCUUUUGCAUGCAAUUGCUUUGUGGUUACGUCACCAAAGCAGUGAAGAACGAGAUAUUUUCUUAUCCACCAUGAAUAUCAUGGAUUUUGUUGUAGAUGAAUUUAUGGAUUUUAUUUCACAUUACCCUGGAUUUUUUACGGACUCUGAAGUUGUAAGUAUCCUUGCUAACUUAAAGGGAAAUGGAAUUCGAGAACUUCCUGCAUUUUGCAAAGUACAGCCUAAAAAAAGAACAUUAAAAUAUCCAAAUAUCAAAGAAGUUAAUUCUGAAAAUGUUAUUGAUGAAAAUGCAAUAGAAAUUACAGUUACUAGUAAUUCCAGAAAUGGAAAAUAUCAAAAAAACACUGAAGAAAAUGAUUUGGAAAACAACUUUUCUGAUGAUGAUACACCCACUGCUUUAGGGAAAGAUCUUAUACCAGAAGAUUUUAGAGCAGGAGUAUUUGUUCUGCUGCAUGGUAAUCUUGAAUUGAAAAACAUAAAAGGUGUAGAGUUUGUAGUAAUUGAUGAAACAGAGAAGAAAAAUAUUUAUUCACGAUUCGCACCUCUGAAGGAGAAAAGCAUUUUUUUUAAAGAAUUGCUUUCAGUUCCAACUCUUAUUAAUCCUGUUGCUUAUUUUGAAGAUUUGAGCUGCACAGGUAUCAGUCAUAUGCUUAGGUAUAUCUACAGCGGCAAUUUAGAUAUUCAAAACGAGGAAGAUCUACCUGGAAUUGCAAAAGCGGCUUGCAUUUAUGAAAUAGAGAGCUUGAAGCAAGCAUGUAAGAACUUGCUUUCUAACUAUGCUAUUAAUGUACGGAAUGUGUGUUUUUUGUUGGAUGCAGCGAAUAUAUUAGAAGACAACCAUGUACGUAUGAAGUGCCUACAAUUAGUUAAAAUGGAAUGGAAAUCUGUCUUAGAAUCUCCUGAAUUUUUAUCUGCUAGAAAAGAGAUCGUAUUUGAUAUUGUAUGUGAGCAGAAUCUUGAAGAUACAUCAAAGACUGAAUUUAUUGAAGGUAUCAUUCGCUGGAUUCAAAGCAAACAUGAACCGAAUCGAGAUCUGUUUUCGUGGAUAGAUAUGUCUUCAAUGACGGACAGAAAGUUUUUCGACAUAAUUAAAACAUAUCCAUCUUUCUUCACAAAAGAAGAAAUAUCAAGUAUUCUGCUCAAUUUAAGCUGCCCUGAAGAAUUUGAACCGCCACUUUGGUUCAAUGAUUCAACAAACGUGCGGUUUAUCGAAUUUGAAAACCCAGAAAUCAGCAAUUUUAUUGAAACAGCACCUGUGAAACCUGAAACUGAUUGCAACAAGUCCUUUCGGAAAUGCUCAUUCCAUGGCGAAAAGGGAUUCAGCGCUUCCAUUACAGUCCAGUUUAAAUUUUUCGAAUCUUUUCCUGAUUCAAUGAGUCUGGUUAUGAUGGAACUCGCAUUUGGUAGUAGCUUUGUGCCAAAAGAAAAUCUGCGUUUGGAGCUUUCAUACCGCACAAAAAAUGAUUUAAAAAAACAUAAAAUAAGGUAUUGGAUUAUGGAUACUGACAAGAACUAUUACAUUAUCACUGAAAACUGUACGGAAUUGGAGAAUAAGUGCUCAUUUUUUCUCAGUCUUCGUAUCCAUGUCCAGAAUCUCAGAAAGUGGGGAUGUUGUAAGCCUGUGUCUAAUGGUCAGUAUUUAGGUGUAAAUAUACCCAGUGGCUAUUCUUGCAACAUUUAUCAUAACCUGUGUGAAGCGCAAUGCAUGGAAUUGAUACCACUCUCAGAGUGGCUCAUAUUUCUUGACACUACAAAUGGAGACAAACAUUUUGUAAUUACUAAAUUUUUCUUUGAUUCAUUUAUAAAUCAUCAAAAACUUCUUCAGAAAUUGCAUCUUUAAAUUUUAUAUGAAAGAGACUUAUAAAAAUGAAGAUAUAUAUAAUUUCAAUAAUAAAUAUUUACUUAAUAUUUUAUUUUAUAUGCUGUUCUCAAGUUCUUAUGACAAAUGUUCUACAUUAAAAUUUAUUCAUCACUUAGAUACAUAUUUAUAACUUUUUUUCUUGGUAGAAGAAAGAUGAAUCUUUUUUCUAUAAUUUUAACGAUAUUUCCUUUUGUAUUUUAUUAUUGAUUGAUUGUUGUUAUUAAGAAAUAUUUUCCUUAAAAAUUAGAGCUCCAUUAUGUUGUACUUCUUAGUUACCUAAAAUCAUUUUUCUAUUUAAUUAUCUAUUCAUUUGUAUGCUUAGAGCUGCAAAGAAGGAAAGUUAGUAUUGUUCAUAUUUCAGAAUAUUUCAGAACGAUCACCUAUUUACUAAGCAUAUUUCAAAUUUGUUUUUCCUUUAUAUUAAUUCCAUAGUUUAAACAGCUAGCUGCUAUAUAUUACCUUUAUUAUGAUUAUUUUAUGGAAUGUAUCUGUAUUUAAUUAACAGAUAGUAUAAAGAUUGUAGAGAAUAUACGUAGGAAUAUGUUCGUCUGAGGGUUCUGGCUUUAUUUUACGUUUUGCAUACUUUAUUUUGAAAAAUGUACAUUCGCUAACAUGCUUGUUUUUAGCAAAAAGCAUAAUAAAUAAGCUAUAUUUAUGAAAUAUAUUUUUUUAGGUGGGUUCAAUUUGUCAAAAAUCCGUUUAGUUUUUUUCCUUUAAAUUGCGUAUCUUAUUUCAACUCUUUAUUAUUCUGUUUGACUGAUAUCAACUAAGACUAGACCUGUAAUAACUUAUUCAAUAUUCCAUACGCAGCAUCGGUGGAUUUUGAUAUGUUAUGGUAUCAAAUAAAGACACUUUCCUUUAACUAAAGCUAUUUUUGAAUCAAAGACUAUGUACAAGUAUUAUUUGCAUUACAGGAUAUCUAGUUCCUACCACUCUCAUUAAUCUCUCAACACUCUCUGGUGAAAACUCUUAAUUAGCUAAACAUACGGGCGGCGCAGCGCCCUCUAUCUCUUUUUCUACAUCACUCCCCCACCUGCACUCUUUAAUAAGAGUACACCUACUUACUUACAUAACAAUAUUAACAUUAAUUAUUAAUGGAUUAAUACUAAAUAGUACGACAUAUAUAAAUGAAUAAUAUAAAAAGAAUAAUCUAUACUAGUAUAUAUCAAAGCCACAAAUGAACGUAAUAAUUAAUAAUAUAAUAGUAAAUUCAAAUAAUAUCAAAAGCUCUAAAUUAAAUCUCGAAAAAAUAUAACAUCUGGAUCGAUCUUCUGAAUUGUCCUUUGGGCGUGCGAACGAGGCACGCUCGAAUAUAUCAAUCUCUUCCUAUAAUCACGUUUUUAAUUAUAUCCAUGUUCCAAAGUAGUUUGGAUUGUUUUGAUCGUUCUACCAACGCAUCAUCUCCAGUCUUAAGGUUCCGCUCAGUUUUAGGAUUAGCAAAGUUAUGUGCAUUUCUAAGAUGGAGUAAAUAUUGCUCUUUACACUUGAUCCGUGUUAAUUUUAAGAGCCUAGGUUGGUAAAGCUUCCUCCUAGUUAAAGUCUCUUUGUAGGACACCUUGUUAAAAAUUUCCAAGAAAUGCUUGGAGAAAUUAAAUAUAUCGCAUCCUGGCAAUAAAAACUGUGAAGGUGUGAGCGGGCGAGGUUCACCCAGCUCUUUGCUCUCGUAUCUUAAAGGUCUGUUAUUUAGCACACACUCGAGUUCAAUUAAUAUUGUACAGAGCUCUUCGAAAGUCAGUAAUGCUCUCCCUAAAAUUUUCUUCAGAGGUUCCUUGAUGCUUCUCAUCAGACGCUCCCAGAACCAUCCCCACCAUGGGCAACGCUCAGGUAUGAAUUUCGGGGCCCACCAGCGGCCGAGCGCUAAAGUCGCUGAACACUGGUAGUUCGGUCCGAGGUUCGAAUCCCGCGAACGGGCUGGCUGCAUGGGCAUUUUCGUGGUUUUCCCCAUGUGUAACGUGUAUACGAGCCAGUUUCCCUUAGAAAGUCCUCUACGAAGGCAUCCCUCCCCUUAGACAGAUAGCCCUCGAGGCUUUGCCAUAAUCACACACACACACACAGGUAUGAAUUUCCAUGUUGUCGCUUUCGUUGUCAAGAAAUCUCUUACACUUGACUCUGCUCUGAUUCUUUUAAAUCCUUUAAUUAUUUCGCAUGUGCUGCGGAAAUUCUUGGCAUUAUCUGAAUAAAUCACUUUGCAGCUCCCUCUUCUUGCUAAAAAACGUCGUAAUGAAAAAAUUGAAACUUUUUGCUGACAUAUCUUGAAACCACUUCAAUGUGUGCAGCACGAGUGACGGCGCAUGUCAAUAAGACUAUGUACACCUUUUUGUGGAUAUCUGCUUUUUCUCUAAUAGUAACCGCUCCCGUUAAGUCGAUGCCUACAACUGUGAAAGGAUUACUUUGGACUACACAAUCUCUUGGUAACUGAUGCGUUAACAGUUUAGCGGGCUUCACUGCGAACUUUUUACACACCAGGCAAGCGUUAAUAACUUUCUUUACUACUUGUCUUUCUUUAGGUAUCCAAAAUUUAUUCAUGACUUUGGACAAUGUUGCCAUGACUACUGAAUGAAAUACUUUUAUGUGUUCACUAAAUAUCACUAGUUCGGUGAACUUCGUUUUCGGCAGAAUAUGGGGAUGUUUUUCGUCAUCUAUUAAUUCUGUUUGUUUCAAAUGACCUCUGACACGCAAAAUACCUCUACUAUCCAGAUAUGGUGCUAAACUGUAAAGCUUCGAAUCUGGUGUUAUUAGAUUAUUCCUCUCUAAUUGUUGAAUAUCCAAAAAAUAAUUCUCUCUCUGGACUUGUUUCAUCCAGUACUCCUCAGCUUCUUGGAUCUACAAUACAGUAAGAGGACCUUCUUCACAGGUACGUUUUCUUAGCUUGGCGACAAAUUGCUUUACCCAAGCUAUAGCUUUUAACAAUUUUUCCAGACUGCUGAAUUUGGUAAUGUUUAAGGUAGUUUCUCCUUCUGGAACAGUCACCUGAACAUAAGUGCUUAAACGUUCCAAAUUUUGAGUAUCAGUUUCUACUUCCGCUCAGGCCAUUGAUCUUCAGAUUCUUUCAACCAUGAUGGACCAUGCCACCAGUUAUUAUCCUUUACCAAUGCAUUUGCUGUUUCAAACGAGUUAACUUAUUUGCUGGGUUUUCCGACCCUGGACAAUAUUUCCACUUAUCAGACGAAGUACAGUCUUGUAUUUCUGAAACUCUAUUCGACACUAACUGCUUCCACUCACGCGCUGACCCCUUUAUACACCACAAGCAAAUUUAUGAGUCCGUCCACAGAACUAACCUACCUACCAAAUCCUGAAACAUUUUCAAUAAAUAUUUCCCUAACCUAGCUGCAACUACAGCCCCCAUCAAUUCCAACCUAGGGAGGCACACCGUUUUUAACGGAACUAUCCUACUCUUCGACAUUAUAAACGACGCUUAGAACUUCUGGAAAGUAGCACCUCUCUAUUUUCAACGCAUUUAAUACCUCAGUUUCAGCGCACCACUUUAUCCAUUUGCACCGUAAUUCCUUUGGCAACUCUGAAUCCCACUUCAAACCUGUCUCCCAUAUUUCCUGCAUCAGCCUCUUAAUUCGCACCACAAAUGGAGAAAUAAAUCCGACUGGGUCAAACGCCUUAACUGCUGUGCUUAACACCGAUCUUUUACUAUUUCUCAACGAUUCUAAACUACUCAACAAUGAUGUAAUGUCUAUUCUCAAACCAUCCUCUUCUAAGUUCCACACCAAGCCUAACACUUUCAACUUACUAUCUCUCUCAAACCUACUUUCUUCACACAACCCUUUCUGAACCCACAAGUCAUACAACUCUUUAGAAUUAGUGUUUAGCUGUCUCAAACUGAAACUCGCGUCUCUCAAAAUAGAUACCGCCUCUGAUGAAAGACUGAAAGCUGACUCUACACUUUCCCCUCCAUAACACAAAUCGUCUGCGUACAGUGAGCUAUUUAACAUAUCGACACAGUUUUUGUUUGUUUCCGUGUAUUUCUUUAUAAAUGACAUUUGAUCGUUGCACUGAAUAAAAACGGUGAACAAUUACAUCCAAAUAAUACUCUGUUCAUUUGCAUAAUUUUAAAGUCCUCACUGUCAUUAUCAGGAUACCACAGAAAUUUAAAUCUUCCCUUGCUAUCCUAAUCAUCAAAAACGCCUUUUCUAUGUCAACACAGAAUCCAAUUUUAAAUUUUCGAAAGGCAAGAAUGAUAUCCAAAAUAUUCAGAUUUAGGUUUGGGCCCUUUUCUAAGCAAUCGUUUAACGAUAGCUUUCUCUUUUCGCAACUGCAGCAAUUAAAUACCAUUUGAACUUGCUCGCUUUUUUUAUCUUUACGGACCACUGCUCGGAAUGGCAUAAAGUAACCCUCUCUCGUAUCCUCAUACUCUUGAAUAUUGUUGUUUUGUGUCUGAAAUUUAAUUAUUUCCAUAAACGUUUCCGUCACAAAGCUGUUACUUUAUAACUCUCGCCGCACCCUUUCGAACUGCCUUUUCGCUAAACCAAAAUUAUUGUGGUGCAUGGGGAGUCUGUAUGUUCUCAAAGGAAAACCAAAAUUAUUUUCCAAAUGCUCUGUACUCCUAUUCCACAACAAGCGAGCCUCAUACCUCCCAUCUACAUAUUUCAACUCCUCUUUAAAUUGUUUAAUUAUUUGCUAAUCGGCAGCGCUCCGUUCCGACGCGCACUGAGAAAUUCCUAGACUUUCAAAUCUCCCAAAGCUGACGAAUUUGUUUUGAUUUUUUUAAUUCCUCUUCCGAAUCGAUGUGUAUAAACAAACCGGUGGAGUCUGACCCUGAACUUAGCUUCUUACUCCCCCCCCACUCUACCACUCAACGUCCAACAGAAUAUGCUUUCGUGCAAUACUAAAUAGUCUAUUAAAGGAUGUGUUUUCGCCGUUAAAAUGUAGUUCAAAUAAUCAUUCCCAAUUAAAAUCUGUACCUCUGCUGCUUCACUAUCGCAGCUGUCAGAUAAGUCAAAUCCUUCCCGGCCGAUGCACCAAAAACUUGUUGUAUGUAAUAACUUACUCAAUAUUCGAUACUCGGCAUCGGUGGAUCUUGAUAUAUUAUGGUAUCAAAUUAAGGCACUUUUCUUUAACUAAAGCUAUUUAUGAGUCAAAGACUAUGUACAAGUAUUACAUACAGAUUACAGGAUAUCUAGUUCCUACCGUCAUCACUCUCUCUUGUGAAAACUCUUAAUUAGUUAAACAUAAGGGCGGCGCAGCGCCCCCUUUCUCAUUUUCUACAAGAUCAGCAAAUGUACUAUGCAAUGCUAUUAAUAUUUUCUGAAUACUUGAAAGAAAUUCUCAAUUAAAUGUAUUUUCAGUCAUUGGAAUAAAAGAGCAAUAAAAUUUUUUUGUUA